CCCUCUCCGUUACCGUUCGCCGUACAACAAAAUGGCGGUGUCAGUACCUCUCGAUAGGUGCUUUCCGGCAUGCGCUUCCCGGCAGGCUGUGCGGUACCGUACGGCAGCAUGGCGGCGCCCGGAGCGGGAGCGGCAGCGGCGCUGGUGCAGUAUGUGGUGCUGCGGGGGGACCUAGGCCGGCCGCCGCGGUCGUGGCCGCUGGGCGCGGUAGUGGCGCAGGGCUGCCACGCCGCCCUGGCCGCCGUCCACGCGUACCGCCAACACCCCGACACACGCACCUACUUGGAGAUGGGCGGCGCCAUGCGCACCGUCGUGCUGGAGGCUCCGGAUGAAGCUGCCCUGACGGCGCUGGCAGAGACCCUGAAGCAGCACAGCAUCGACCACCAAGUGUGGACUGAGCAGCCCGAAGACGUGGCCACCUGCCUGGCGCUCAGGCCCUACCCGAAGGACCAAGUGCACCGGCACCUCAAGAAAUUUAAAUUGCUGAAGUGAGCGCGAGCAGGCACAGGCAGUUCCGCUCCUGGGCCAGAGCCGAUCUCGCCCCAGGUAGUCUCUUAGCAUGGUGAUAGCAGUUACAGAGCGUGAAACGGCUCUUUGGUGGGGAGGAUUAAAUGUUAUUC